CCGAGCCACCUUAACCCCAAAACACCAUAGAUUCUAGAGCUUCAAGUCCCAAGUCCCGGUCGCUCUAAACUCAAAGCUUCAAUAUCCGACUACCACAUAUUACUUACUAUAUGUAAAGAGCCCUUCUCCCUACCAAACAUCUGGAUUUGAUAGGAAAUUAUUCGCAUCUUGAUUACUACGACGACUACUUACUUACUUUAAAAUCAAAUUCUCUCUCUCUUUCUCUUUCUCUUCCUCUUCCUCUUUCUCUUCCUCUCAUCCUACCCACAACUUACACCACAUACAAAUCAAAACAAAAUCCAACCAAUCUUCAGGGGAUUAAUCCUCGGAUAUCCAUCCAAUCCAUCCAUCCAUCCGCAAACCCAGUAAGAACAACAAAAUAAUGUCUCUCUAUGAAUGUUCCAGUUGUACAGAGCCCAUCCGUCCCGACCGGGCUCGCAUUCAAUGCCAAACCUGCACCGAUUACAAUCUCUGCACCAACUGUUUCGCCAUCCAAAAGACUUCACGUACACAUCUCCUCAGCCAUCCCACCGCCAUCAUCAAAACGAGCGGGACCAGCUCCCCCACUGUUCCUCCCCCAGUUCCUCCUCGUCCCCUCCCGCUUCUCCCGCCGCGAAAAGAUACCCUCACCAACAUCACCGCCCCCAAUCCCCCGCCCAAAAAAGUCGAACUCCCAACCGCCAAUUGGGGGGCGCUGUGGGACAUCGUGAAACCGAAUAAGAAACCGAAAAGUUCGAGCGGGGGCCCAAGAGAUCUCCUUUCCAUUCAACCACCUCCGAAUGACGACGGCUUUAGCAAUCACAACAUAAGUUAUUCAGAUUCACCCCUCACCAAAUUACGACCGGAUUUACCCGCGCAAUCUUUUGAGGGAUCGUUGGAGGGGAAAAUAAAAUUGGAAGCCUUUACCAAUCCGUACGCCUCGCUGGCGCCCCCAAUGCCAUCGGAAUGGAGUCCCUUUUUCCAAAAGGACGGUGCAUUCAAUGCGAUUUUUGUGGAUUUAAUGACGACCAUGUUUUUGUGUUUGGAUGUGGAGGGCACGAAUGAAUUGAGUCCAGAGGUGUGGAGUGCGUUUUUGGAGAUGCAGGGGGUGGGGAUGGAGAAUAAUAUUUGGCAAAAAACACUUUACACAACCGGGGGACCUCAAAAUCAAGAGAUCGCCGACCUCGAGUUGGGUAUUUUCUUCAAAACGCAUGACAUUUCUCACACGCUUUCGGUACGCCAUGCGUCGAAUCUUCCGCCUCCGUCGCCGUCUCCUACGGCGGGAGAACGCAUUCGGAGAUCGAUUUCGCUCGGUGCUAAUAUGCCGAUGUUGAGUCGGCAGGGGUUUAUAGAUGUUAUGGGCAUGGAAAUGCUGCAGGAUCCGGAUGAGGGGCAUAGAAGGUUGGAAGGGGUGGUUAGGGAUUACGAUAUUUGGAAACCAUUGGGGGAUGUACCACGGGAAUGUUUUCUGGAUGGCAAGAUUGAGGGAAGGGGAAAGAGAAGGAGUUUAUUGGAGAUGAGUGAGGAGAAGGAAGAGGUGGAGAGGAAGAUUAUGGAGGGGAUGUUCAGGGGUGUGGGAGCGGGGAAGAUUGGGGGAAGGAAUAGGAGUGAGGAGAAAGAGGAGAGGAGGGACAGAUCGAGAUCAAGAUCAAGCUCAAGAGAUAGUAGAAAGACGGAUCUACCCGCGCCAGAAAGAUUCGCCUUUGACUCCACGGAUGAGGAAGAGCGAACGGGAGAUAGAAAAUCGCCCUUCUCCCAUAUCGAAGUCGAUGUCAUCCCCGAGGAUGAAUUCGAAGACACAUAUGAUGAGAUCAAUCGGAUCUUGACCGGGGAAGAAAUUGGUCCUACCGAUAUUAUUGGGGAGGCCAAGUGA